UGUCAGUGUCAACUGUCUGCUGUCAGUUAUGUCAUAAAGUUGUUCUUAUAUCGUUAUUUUUUAUUGUAAACAUUUUUUAAAUUGAUCGAAAAUAGUUAUCUAUAAUUGUGGUGCAUUCAAACAACAUCAUUUAAAAAUAGUUAUAUUAAAUUCAAUAACAAAAUGUUAAAAAAAGUUUUAUUAUCUACGGAUGUAGCGUUAGUUUGUGUACAACAUGCCCUUUCAACAGAAAAGGAAGAAAUAAUGGGGCUACUUAUUGGCGAGGUUCACAAUAAUAACACACUAGUUUCAAUAGUAUCAUCUGUUAUAUUAAGACGUUUGGAUAAAAAACCUGAUAGAGUAGAAAUAUCUGAGGAGCAGCUUGUGAGAGCUACAUUAAGAGCAGAGGAAUUAGCAGCAGAAGUAGGGAGGCCACUAAGAGUUGUGGGAUGGUACCACUCUCAUCCACACAUAACUGUUUGGCCAUCUCAUGUAGACCUUUCUACGCAGUCUAUGUAUCAAAGAAUGGAUUCUAGUUUUGUAGGUAUUAUAUUUGCUGCAUUUCUCACAGAUCAGACGGCUAAAGCUCCCUCAGUACAAAUAACUUGUUUUCAAUCUAUCAAUGAAGGCUCAACUCAAAAUAGAAGAGAAAUUGAAUUAAAUAUUACAAACAAUAAUGACUCUCUGACUUUGAACAAUUUUGAGAUUUUGACACAAUUGCCGACAAUCUUGAAAGAGGAAGAAGAGGAAGCAUUUAAAAUUGAAGCAGGAGAAACUGACAAAGAUGACAUUCUUAAUAUUCAACAUAAUGCAGCAGUAAGGACUAUUGCUAUAGGUCACAUAGUUGAGAAGGUUUCACGGCCAAUGUUAGAGGCUCUCGUUGCCAGAAAUGCAAUAAACAGUAUCAGAUUAAAAGCUUUGAAAAAACAUCAUAAAGAAUUAAUGUCAAGAUUAGAUGGCAAUUUGUUGGGUAAUGUUUAGUUAAUGAAAUUAAUAAGUAAAGUUACAUUAUACUUUACAUUAUUUGACAACAUUGUUAAAUGGUGUAAAUAAAUAAUUUUCUAAUUAUA